UCCUUUCUGUUCGCGACAUCUCCUUUCACGCGGCUAGGGCACGCGACCUCCCACUGCCGACCGUCUCUUCUUCCUCACCGCCGGCCGGCAACUCUUUCUUCUCUUCAAUGUCGUCGGUCGGACCUCCAUAGCCCACCCUUCUUCUUGAUUCUAGCGGCGACAGUAGCAAGCACCGACGACGACUCCGAGCAUCCACCUCACCUGUGCGCCAUGCGCCACCCAAAGCUACGAAGCAUGACGCCCUCCACCGCUUUUAACUUCUUCAGGAGGUUACCUAGUAAAGCAGAUAUGCUUCUUCUGAUCGGCGCCAAGAACACCGAAGCUGCAAGGGUGAUGGCUCUCAGAGGAGCCCAUGUCAUCAUCGGCGCCAGGAACACCGAAGCUGCCAGUGAAGUAAAGCAGAGCAUUCUACAGAGCACCCCAUCUGCUAGAAUCGACAUCAUACAGAUAGAACUCAGUUCGCUCAAGUCCGUCCGAGCCUUCGCCGAGAAGUUUCUUGCCAUGGAUCUUCCUCUAAACAUCUUGAUAAACAAUGUCGGCGUCAUGUACUGUCCGUUUCAUCUUUCGAAGGAUUGGAUAGAGAUGCAGUUUGCUACCAAUCAUGUCGGUCAUUUUCUGCUGACCAAACUUCUGCUUGACAAAAUGAAAAGCACAGCAGAGAGGACAGGAAUUGAGAGUCGUAUUGUGAAUCUGUCAUCCGAAGCUCACAUGACAACAUAUAGAAGAGGAAUAAGAUUCGACAAACUCAACGACAAAGACUUGUGAGAGACCAUUGAUUUUGUAGUUAGACAAACUAAAUCAAUGAAAAUUAGAAGGUGCUAGGUAGAGGAAGAACUAUAUAUGAUAGCAUAGGACUCAUCUUAUGAUGUUAUAUCUAUCCGAGGUCUGGUUGAAGAUUACUUGUGUCUUAAUUUGAAACCUUUUGUCCAACAGCUGCCAUGAUAUUCAUCCAUUUCUUUCCUAGACGUCUGACUCAAUUAUUUUCCUGAGUGAGAAAUAAACAUAAAUCUGUUGUGAAUUCUUAACAUCUGUCAAGCUCUUUCCAUCAAACCACGCAAUAGUCUAUCAGGGGUAAGGAUAGCUGAAAAGUGAAAUGCUAUCGUUCAUAGGAAAUGCUUGUGUCCUGAUCAGUGACUCGCUGUAAUUGUGCCUCAUAGUUGCUGAUGUGAUCCUCUGGAGGAAGAAGAAUGGGGAAUUCUCAUCGGUGUACUUGCGUCUUGGAUCAUCUUUGAGGCAAAGGCUGCCGAAGUUCUCAACAGAUACACAGUGGUAGGUGUUUUGUCUCAGUCUCAAGCCGACAAUCCUUUUUGAUCAGUAUAUCUAGUAGAAGUAAGCAUGCAGAUCGUUGUCUUCGAGGCCGACUAGCUAUUUCUUGCAUUUUUUUGUUUUAAAUUCGAAUGUCACUAUCUACUUUGAAACAGAACUAUUUAGUCUUUGUGUAUAGUUGAAUUCUCCUGUAAAUACUAAUACUUUGUAAUUGAAUUAUAUUGUUUUGGUA